AACUUAGAUUGGUAAGAUGCCACCAAUUUACGUGAAAGGUGGGGUGUGGACCAAUGUUGAGGAUGAGAUUCUCAAAGCAGCGGUCCAGAAGUAUGGACUCAACCAAUGGAACCGUGUGGGGUCGUUGCUCACCAAGAAGAACGCCAAACAGGCCAAAGCUCGAUGGAACGAGUGGAUAAGCCCUUCCAUCAAUAAGACCGAAUGGACUCGAGAAGAGGAUGAAAAACUUCUUAACCUCGUCAAGUUGCUUCCCAAUCAAUGGAGAAGCAUAGCGCCCAUCAUGAAUCGAACCGCCACCCACUGUGUUGAACGGUACCAGAAGUUACUUGACGAUGAUGAUGAGCAGAGCGAAGAUGACGAGAAUGACUUGAGACUCGCGGCCGUGGGAGUGGAAGCGAUGCCGGCAGCAGGCGGGCGUGUGGGGGACUUGAACCUCAACCCCGAAAGCAAACCAGCCAAACCAGAUGACGAGGAGUUAGAGGAUGCAGAUAGAGAGAUGCUCUUUGAGGCGCGAGCCAGAUUGGCUAACACUAAGGGGAAAAAGGCCAAACGGAGACACAGAGAACGAAUGCUCGAGGAGACCAAGCGGAUCUCGUUGCUCCAGAAACGGCGGGAAUUGAAGGCGGCCGGCAUCAACGUGAGUUUGGUUUCCAAGAAUAAAAAGAAGAGUAAGGAGUUUGACUACAAUGCGGAUAUUCCAUUUGAGCACCAGCCGCAAAUUGGAUUAUAUGAUACUACCGAGGAGCAUGAACGCAACGAGGAGCACAAGGCGAAGUUCAGCAAACAGGUGUCACGUGAAGGCUUGGAGUUGGAGAAGCUCAAGCAGAGCAAGAAGAGAAAGCAAGGGUCUCAAAUUCAAGAGCCUCGCACCCAACUUGAAGGUGAGGCUAAUGUGAUUGAGCCAGCGCUUAAGCGAGGCAAGUUGAGCUUACCAGGUGUGGUGAAUGUGGACGAACAUGCUGAGUUCGAGCCUACCGAGCUCACGGGUGUUUUUGACCGUGCUGUUGUUGCUAGUGCUGAAGACGAUAUUGACCGUAGAAUCGCCAAUACCACCCAUCACAUAAAGGCCAACCAAGCAAAGCAGUCGGUGCUCUUGCGGACGGAUCACGAAACCGAUGAAGACGUUGCUGUGAAGAAGUGGAAACCGAAACACGAGAAAAAGGCGAUUCAGGAGUUGGUCAAGGUCAAUUUCAGUCGGUUGCCCGCCCCCAACAAUGAGUACGAAGUUCUUCCCAAGUUCAACGACCAGGAUGACUUUCAGUUGGUGAAAACAGCCGACUCUCAUUCUGAAACACAACGGAUCAAGCGGUUAGAGUUGUUGCGGCAAGUGGAGGAAGAGAAGGCCAAACUGCGCCGAAGCCAAGUGGUUCAGCGUGGGUUGGCCAUCCCCAGCCCAAGUCUUCUCAAACCGAUCGAUACCACCCAACUACUGGAAUUGGACCUGCAGGUGGCUGUCGAGUUCCAUGCGUUGGUCAAGUCGGACUAUAAGAAGUAUGUGGAUACUGAGUACAACGCUACAGAGAUUCCUGAGUUGGAUGAGCAGCUCUACAGCCAAGUGCACCGAGAAAUCGAUGAGAUGAGAUCAAAGAAAACCACUUUGCAUCCGGCAGUGAAACGGUUCAGGUUGCCGGACCCAAUCAGCUACAAGGAUGAGAUACUCUCUGUUCUUCAACAUGCUCGACAGCAACACUUGGGACUUAAGGCUGAUAUUAAUGCCCAGAUCCCGUACUCAUCGGCCCCAAGGGAAGUCGCACCGGCUGGCGAGCUCAUCAUCGAGCAGGAAAGAAGAGUGGAAUUGUAUACGCAAAUUGCCCAGCAAGAAGAGGUAAGUAUCGUGAACCGUUCAGCUACCCUUAAGGGCCUUGUUGACAUGGUGGUAGCGAAGGAGGAUCAGCUUAUCGAGUAUUUACGACAAUAAUGAAUAGAAAUGCCUUU